AUGUAUCCUGCCAAGAAUGUGUCCUACAUCGAUGCUCUAUUCUUCGGGUGUGCGGCCGCGACCCAGAGCGGGCUGAACACAGUGGAUGUGAAUGAUAUGCGAACUUACCAGCAGGUGGUGAUUUAUUGUGUGCCAAUGAUGACCAGUCCAAUCUUCAUCCAUACUGCCGUCGUCUUCGUCCGGAUAUAUUGGUUCGAGAAACGGUUCCAGCACCUCGUUCAGAGCGCCAGGGUAAUUCGCCGCACUGGGUCAAUUUCAGGGAGGAGUUCAUUGGAUGUGGAACAGCAGAGCAGCAAGAGGAGGAUAAGUGGGAGCAAUGGUAGUAGUCCAGUGAUUGAUGCAUACAAUGAUAUUGCAGCUGGCACCAGCAGGCGCAGUUCGGGCGACAACUCUUCAAAUACGCAGCCAGAAGGAACCUCGGAUGUAGAGAACCGAGAUGAAACACCGUAUUUGAGCUGGAACGCGACACCUGGACGAAACUCGACAUUCAUCGGUCUGACCGAAGCUCAGCGGGACGAACUUGGCGGCAUUGAGUACCGCUCUCUCAAAACUUUGGCCGUUAUCUUGAUAACUUACUACCUCUUCUUCCAUGUCUUCGGGAUAAUAUGUCUGGUGCCAUGGAUUAUGAGGAGCACGAAGUAUGGCCCUGUCAUCCAGCAAGCUGGCCAAGGACGACCCUGGUGGGGUGUUUUCACGGCCGGGUCUGCAUUCAACGACUUUGGCCUCACUAUCACACCGGAUUCAAUGGAGUCUUUCCAACAAGCGGCUUUCCCGCUGCUUGUCAUGUCCUUCUUGAUCAUCAUCGGAAACACCGCUUUCCCCUGUAUGCUACGGUUCAUUAUUUGGACAAUUUCCAUAGUUGUCAGACGGGACACCCCGCUCUGGGACGAGUUACGCUUUUUGCUCGACCAUCCUCGACGGUGCUUCACCCUACUUUUCCCACAAAAAGCCACCUGGUGGCUCUUUGCUACUGUCAUCGCUCUCAAUGUCGUGAAUAUGGUAGUACUUCUCGUGCUCAAUUUGGACAAUCCUGACAUCAAGGCCAUGUCACCAGGCACUCGCUUCGUUGAUUCUUUAUUUCAAGCAUGUUCAACACGGACUGCAGGCUUCUCCAUCACUGAUCUCUCCAAUAUACACCCAGGCACUCUCGUCUGCUACUUGGUUCUGAUGUACAUAUCUGUCUUUCCAAUCGCCAUCUCGGUGCGUCGUACCAACGUGUACGAAGAACGAAGUGUCGGGGUCUAUUCCAGUGCAGACGACCAUGAACAAGAACGGAACACCAAGCAACCAAGCUUUGUCGGUAUCCAUUUGCGGAGACAAUUAGGCUCUGACUUGUGGUACAUCUUCCUUGGCCUUUUCGUCAUAGCCAUUGUGGAAGGCGGUCGAUUGUCUAUUUCCAAACUACCCUCGUUUAACAUCUUCGCUGUCUUUUUCGAGAUCGUCUCUGCAUACGGCACUAUCGGACUGUCACUUGGAUAUUCUACAGGGAAUACCUCGUUCGUGGGGCACUUUCAGACAAUUUCAAAAUUAGUAAUUAUCGCCAUGCAAAUCCGCGGCCGUCAUCGCGGGCUACCAUAUGCACUAGACCGUUCCGUUCUGCUACCGUCUGAAUCUAUCCAUAAGAGUGAGUUGGCACAGGCAGAAGAGAAUAUAACGCUUAAUCAAUGUGUUGGCGGGGACCAAGGCGCUCAUCGUUUUCUGGGAGCAGCUGGUGAGAGGCCUCAAUUGCCUCAAGGAGCUGUAGGCGAAGGUGUACGUGGGGAACAUCGGUUGGGUAUUGGGACUGCUAUGUCGACUUUGGCUGGUGCGUCAUGA